GGGUCGGCUCCGGGCGUUCUUCGCAGCUCCACCUCAGGCUCCGGCGGCUUCGACGCGAGAGUAGCGACUCUGGUUCGGGCAGCAUGUCUGACAAGCGGCCAGCAGUGGACACCCAAGCUCGGCGGCUUCCCGAUUCCUUCAAGGAUAGCCCCAGUGCAGGCCUCGGUGUUUGUGGAUGGAUUUUGGUGGCUAUAUCAUUCUUGUUCACAGUUAUAACUUUCCCAAUGUCAAUAUGGAUGUGCAUAAAGAUCAUAAAAGAAUACGAAAGAGCCAUCAUCUUUAGACUGGGUCGCAUCUUACAAGGAGGAGCCAAAGGACCUGGCUUGUUUUUUAUUCUGCCGUGCACUGACAGCUUCAUCAAAGUGGACAUGAGGACUAUUUCAUUUGACAUCCCUCCUCAGGAGAUCCUCACCAAGGACUCGGUCACCAUCAGCGUGGACGGCGUGGUCUAUUACCGCGUGCAGAACGCCACUCUGGCUGUGGCAAACAUCACCAACGCUGACUCCGCAACCCGUCUUUUGGCACAAACGACCCUGAGGAACGUCCUGGGCACCAAGAACCUUUCCCAGAUCCUCUCUGACAGGGAAGAAAUCGCACACAACAUGCAGUGCACCCUGGAUGAUGCCACCGAUGACUGGGGAAUCAAGGUGGAGCGUGUGGAGAUCAAGGACGUGAAGCUGCCGGUGCAGUUGCAGAGGGCCAUGGCCGCGGAGGCGGAGGCGUCCCGGGAGGCCCGAGCCAAGGUCAUUGCGGCGGAGGGAGAAAUGAAUGCCUCCAGGGCUCUGAAGGAAGCCUCCAUGGUCAUCACCGAGUCUCCUGCCGCCCUCCAGCUGCGGUACCUGCAGACGCUGACCACCAUUGCUGCUGAGAAAAACUCUACCAUCAUCUUCCCUCUGCCCAUAGAUAUGUUGCAGGCUAUCAUGGAGAAAAGACAGUGAGCCGCGGGGGCUGACCAGAGCUGAGAUGGGGACCAAACCAGCCUCUCGCCCAGAAGGAGGUAGUAGGGUGGGAACCUUGACUUUUCUCCCUCCCUCCCCUUUUCCAUAGGUUGAGUGUGAUAUUCUUACAAUGUGUAGUGAUCCUGGCAACAGAUGAAGGUUGUUAGCUUGUAAAUACGACAUGAGAGAGAGAGUGGUGAUUAAUGUAAGAUAACCUUACUCUAAAAUAUUUAAAAGUUCAUAUGUUUAGAUUGCUCCAUGAUAGGUGAAAUCCGUCUUAUUUCAAAUUUCAUUGAGUCAUUCUGCACCCUCUAUCAGCCUCCAGGCCAGAAGCAAGAAGAUAGAGUAUCUUCCCAACCUGACAGCCUGGCUAGACAAACGUUUUGCAGAGAAUAGUCACCUUGGGCUACAACCAGCUUCUCUGGGCCACGCGUGCCUUACUUCCGGGGAAUCUUAAUUAAGGAAAUUUUCCUAACAUCCGCCUACUUUCUAAACUCAGAGCAGGUUGCAAACUAUUCCUUACUUGAGAGGAGACGUGUUCUUGCCAGCACCUGUCAGCACUGGAGGUCAAGGUCAAGGGGCAUGAUCACCCUGAUUCUUGAGGGCCUCAAACCCACUGCUUUAGAGGUCCUUUUAGAACAAUGGGCGUUGUUUUUUUUACUUCAUUGAGCCCCUUUAUGAGUAAAUGAUUCCUCUGUCUUUCAAACCAGCUAAAUACUUAAUCACAGAAGUGCUUUUUUCCUCACUUUUGCCUAUUCUCAUAUAUCAGAUUCUAAAUAUUUGAAUUUUUAAAACAAAAUUUUCUCUACGUCCUAUAAAUAGUUGUUUAUAUACCAAUUUGAAUAGCUUAAGGACUAAUACUUGAUAAAAUAUAUCUUUAGAAAACUUAUAUUUUACUGUCUGCCUGUUACCAACUCUUGGAUGCUGUGAGCUAUCUUGGUUACCGUUCAUUAAGUAACAGAAGGAAUUCACAGUCUGUCAGGCACGCAGUAUCCAAGGAGCUUGGAAAAACACUGUCAAACUUGGCAUAUCUGUGUAGAUAGGGCUCUUUUUUAUCUGCCUGGUCAUUUUUCUGUCAUAUAUUUGAUGCUGAAGGAGGAACUGGUCAGUGCUUCUGAACUGCUAUAAUUUUAGGAAGCAUCUUCCAUUUCACAAAUGCCUGUGAAGCCAAGCACCCUGGUAUUCUUCCUGUUGGUUUCUGGGAAGCCGGCUGGUGACAUUUGUACCACUUCCUCUUGGAAGCUGUGAGGUCACUUUUAAAGCUCUAAGAAUAGCAGCUUCCCUACCCAGAGCCGCCCUCACAUCUGUCCUUAGCUGGGUCACCCUGUCAGUCUUCACGAGCCCCCUCCCCAGCAGCCCAUUUCCAGGUUUAUUUUACGAAGCCUUGAACCGCCGUGGAUAUGGGUCCUGGCUGAGCUCGUUAGAUGCAUAUGGAGCAUUCUGACUGGGAAGUCAAGCUGCAUUUCUAUUUUCAAUUUUAAAAUAGUGACUUUCUCUCUUUUGCGAGGUGGCUCACCCUUGACUACUAAGGACCAGGAGACAAACACAUAUCCUGGCUAGAAGUCUCUUCUCAGACUUAAAGGUUUAAUGCUUUCUGUUCCUUGAGUCUGUUUCCAGAUACCAGCCAGUCUUUGCUCUUCUGCCUCGUGGGUUGUGGGUUGAAGUUAAGUCGCCUGGGAGGGAGGAGCUGGAGAAGGAGCUGGAGGACGACAGCGGGCAGUGUUAGUGUGAGGGCUUGCCCAGGCGGCCCCCUCUGCAACCCUGUGCAUAAUAAAGUGUGCGCUCAUACUGA